GAAUGUAUAGCAAAUUGUUUCUGGCCUUUGCUUUGGCAGGCGUUGGCCUUGCCAUUCCGUUGGAGGAGCGUCAAGCCACGACACCAUCGGCCACUAUCAAGAACGGAGUGGUGACUGGAACUUCUGGCGAUGUCGAAAGCUUCUCAGGCAUUCCCUUUGCAGAGCCACCGGUCGGAGAUCUUCGUCUUCGUGCUCCCCGCAGCUAUUCCGCUCCGUUUCCUGGAGGCACCUUUGCCGCGACGAAACAGGCUCCAGCUUGUCCUCAAUUUGCCUUUCAAGUGGACAACAUCGACAAGAGUGCGAUUCCGCAGAGUGUUGUUGGCGAUGUGGUGGGAGAACUGCUCAACAGCCCGCUAGGGAUGAAGGUCCUCAACUCGCAGGAGGACUGUCUUACCAUCACUGUUCAACGACCAAAGGGAACCAAGAGCACGGACAAGCUUCCAGUCCUUUACUGGAUCUAUGGAGGCGGCUUCGUUGCUGGAUGGAGUUCUAUGUACGAUGGUACCAACAUAAUCAAGACCAGUAUCGAGCUUGGUCAACCCAUCAUCUACGUCGCCGUCAACUACAGACUAGGGGGAUACGGCUUCUUGCACGGCAAGGAGCUAGCUGCAGAAGGCGGCACCAACCUGGGUCUGCGUGACCAACGCCUGGGAAUGGAAUGGGUCGCGGAUAACAUCGCUGCUUUCGGAGGAGAUCCUUCGAAAGUGACUAUCUGGGGCGAAAGCGCCGGAGCCAUUUCGGUCAUGGACCAGACCAUCAUCAACGGCGGCGACAACACUUACAACGGAAAGGCGCUGUUCCGUGGUGCGAUCAUGAACAGUGGCUCCAUCAUCCCUGCUACCGACUCCAAGUCGCCCAAAGCUCAGGCUGUGUACGACACCGUAGUUGCCAAAGCCAGAUGUUCUGGAUCUGCCGAUACCCUCGCAUGCCUUCGAAAGCUUUCCCAGCAGGACUUUCAGCGUGCUGUGACCUCGGUACCGGGCAUUUUUGACUACCAAUCACUCAACUUGGAAUACCUUCCGCGUCCAGACUCUAGCAGCAGUUUCUUUCCUGAAUCGCCCGAGGUCGCAAUCCAGGCAGGCCGCUUUGCCAAGGUUCCUGUCAUCGUCGGCGAUCAAGAAGACGAAGGCACCCUUUUCUCCCUCGUGCAAUUCAACAUCACCACCAAUCAGCAACUCGUCAAUUACUUUGCCUCCUACUUCCCUGCCAACCCCAACGCUGUCGCCGAUGUUACAGGCCUCGCCGCUAACUACCCUGACCAGCCUUUCAUCGGCCAGCCCGCCGGCUCUCCCUUCCGCACCGGUCCACUGAACAGCAUUUAUCCACAAUUCAAGCGCAUUGCCGCCAUCCUGGGCGACAUAACCUUCACCCUCACUCGCCGCGCGUACCUGGACAUCAUCACGAAGCAGGGUGUCAAGGCUCACAGCUACCUGUCGACCUUUGCUUACGGAACUCCCGUCUUGGGCACCUUCCAUGCCAGUGAUAUUCUCAAAGCAUUCGGCAUGGCUGCCACCGAUCAGCAGGCCAAGACUUUCCAGAAUUACUAUGUUUCCUUUGUGACGGAACAAGACCCGAAUGCACUUGGCACAAGUGCGCCACUCAUCGAUUGGCCGGAGUGGAACAAUGGCACCACGCAAUUGUUGGAGAUUGGAGCAUUGGGGAACGGAAUCAUAAAGGAUGACUUCCGCCAGAGCGCGUACAAUUAUUUGGCCAGCAAGGUUGAAUCCUUCAGAGUUUGA